UCGGGUGAAGAAGAUGCUUAUAUUUUUGCGCCUCGUUAUGUGAUUCUCAUUCGACAUUUGAAGUAAAUAAAUUACCCAAGGAUCGAGCUAAAUGUCUGCUGAUUGUAUUUCGUCAAUCUGAAGUAUUAAAAGUGAACUUUAAUCAAGGGGAUGAGUGUUUAAAGGUGAAGAGUGACCACCGCACGGGUGUUUUGACUAUGAGGAAGGACUGGAGAGAGUGAGUGACAUCCUAGAAAUGAUUAAAAUCGCAGAAAGAAGGAACAAAUUCAAUUGAAUUAAUUAAAUCUAGAAAUUUCAAAUUAAUUGAGGAUGAGGGAGAAUUAUAGUCAAUGUGGAAUGAAAAAAUAGUGAGCAUUUGGGGAGACGGUGCAUAUUGACUGACGGCAACGUGGGAGGGGCAACGCGUACACCCGGAGGAGCUUUUCGUUGGGGUAUUGGGGCGAAGAGGGGCACUGAAACGAGAAACGAGUGUACGUGUGAACGCAGAGGGAAAAAGAAGUGUCAAUUUUAAAUCCCUCAUUGUUUGAUACUUCAUGGUGAUGACUUUGAAAUGUAUUUGUUAAAUUAUUUUUGACAAUUAGUUGUAGGUAAUAACGGGUAACAGACAGUUGAAAGCUUGGUUUUGAAAUCGUAAGCGGCCUAUAUGGAUUUUUGCAUGUCUGCAUACCGGCGAAAAAAUAGUCUGUCAAUACUUGAGAUACAUGAAUGGUCACGGUAACGUUGGUCUGUGGGGAAUGAGUGAUGAUGGAGUAACAAUCAAAUGUCAUAAUUUAAUAGACAAUGAAUAAUAAAUUGUAAUAAUCAGGGAGAUUUCAAUUGUACCGGUGGGGCUAAUGUGGCCUAAUAUGGGUAUAGGGUUAUUGACGAUACUAUUCGGCAAUAAAUAAAGUUAUGUCUAGAUUGUUUAAUUGAGAAUAUUGGACAAUUGUGAGAUAUUUGAAACGUAGACUUAGAUAACGUGUUGAAGAGAAUAAAAGAGACGCGAUGCGUCAGUUGGCAAAGUGGACGUUAUGCCUUGGCAUAUUUUUUUUUAUCACCAUUCGAAUCAGUCGUCAACAGGAGGAGGACAUACCGCACAAUGAGGUGAGAAAUUGGGCGCUCAAGUUUGGAGUGGAUUUGUGGGAGUUUGGAAAACAGGCGACGAAACUAGCGGAGAUUCAGCGAAAAUAUCAUAAUGAUGGGGAAACUACUGUAAACAAGAAGGAUGGACUUGUGUUGGUGAGGGAAAUGGCUGCUGAGGUGAAGAAUAUGUUGGACUUCAAGAUGAACGCAGUUAUGAGGCUGAUGGAAAGUGCCGAGCAAGCUGCUGUCUCUUCCUCGAGGGAGGCGAAUACUUCACCGAGGUAUUACAGCUCCCACGAUAUCAACAGAUUCACUAGUGAUGUAAAGGGGACACCGCAUCCUCGUGAGGUGCUGCUCUCAGUUCAUCGACACUUUGACAAUUUGCCAGUUAAUCUGAGCAUGUCGGGUGUACUCCUACCUCCGGGGGUUAAAGAUUCUGAUAGCGAAGUUGCUGUCGGGCUUCAGUGGAGUGACCACCUGGAUCCCCUCUUCGUUAAUAACUACGAGAGUGAUCCCACUCUCUCCUGGCAAUACUUUGGAGCAACUGCUGGAUUUUUAAGACGUUUUCCAGCCAUUGCCUGGCCUCCAAGAAAGUUCUCAAACGAUCCAGAAGACAUGCCUGACGUGUCUGAUUUUCGUACGAUGAACUGGUUUGUCGGUGGUGCGACAAGCCCCAAAGACCUAGCCAUUCUCGUCGAUGCUGCGAGUUUUUCCUCUAGAAAACUUCGAAGUUUGACGAUAGCUACUGUUAGAAGUAUCUUGGAUACGCUCUCGUCCAAUGAUUACGUAAAUGUCUACCGAUAUGGAAACAGCGUCGAAGAAAUUGUGAGAUGUUUCAAGGACACUCUAGUCCAAGGAUCUCCGGAGAAUAUUAAAGAGAUGAAAACGACACUACCCUCGGUGCAGGCCGAGUCCAAUACCAAUGUUUCGGCGGCCCUAAGCGUUGCUUUCGAGGUUCUGCAUAGGUACAACAGGUCGGGACUGGGAAGCCAAUGUAAUCAAGCAAUCAUGCUAAUUACUGCCAAUACUGAAGCUGCUACAGCAGAUCUUAUUAAGAAAUAUAACUGGCCUCAUAUGCCUGUCAGGAUUUUUACGUAUCUGGUGGGAGGAGACAAGAGUCCAGAGCUCAAAGAGAUGGCCUGCGGCAACAAAGGUUUUUACGCGAGGAUUUCUUCAAUGGAAGACGUGAAGAGUAAAGUUUUCGAGUACAUAAAAGUACUCGCCAGGCCCAUGGUGCUGUACCAGCAUGAUCACCCCAUUCACUGGACACCUGCUUAUGUGGGUGGCGAGACUGGGAGAUAUGGACAAGAGGGACACCCCCAACUCAUGACUUCAGUCACAGCGCCCAUUUUGGAUCGUCGUAAUCACACGGUAACGGCAAAAACCGCUAAUUUACUGGGAAUUGUUGGAACUGAUGUGCCAAUUGAAGAAAUUCAAAAGCUCGUCCCUCCAUACAAGCUCGGUGUCAAUGGUUACUCUUUUAUCGUCGACAACAAUGGGCGGGUCCUGUAUCAUCCCGAUUUGCGUCCUUUGCCAACUGGUCUUUCUUAUGAAAACUCUUUGAAGCCUCGUUACACGAGUGUUGAUCUCUCCGAAGUGGAGUUAUCCGAGGACGAUGGCCCCACUCACCCUCUGAAUAAUUCGGGACUUCCGGAUUUGAGACGAGAUAUGAUUGACCAGAAAGAGGGCGAGAUUAGUUUCGCCGUGAAAAUCCAUUACGACGAUAUGAGAAGAGUAACAAUUAGAAAGCACAACUACUUUUACAAACCGAUUGCGGGGACUCCGUUCUCUCUGGGAUUGGCAUUGCCUGAGGGCUAUGGCAUGUUAGAAGUCAACGCCGAACUGGAAAUAAAGCAUGCGAUAGUGAAUGUGUUCGAUUAUUUCAAUGGUACUAAUUGGAAAGUACACCCUGACUGGGUCUACUGCGAGUACAGUUCGGCGUCAGAUAAGAAAUUUAAGUCCUCUGAGGAACGUAUACUCCAUUUCCUAGCAAGAACAAGAAUGCCUGGAUGGAAAUGGAUGUCAAUGAGACCAAAGAGUCCCAGCUCGCAUCAUAAUCAAGCGAGCAAGCCUGACAAAGACGCACAUUACUGUGAUAAAAGACUAGUUCAGUCUCUCGUACUGGACGCAGUUGUAACUGGUGGAUUUAAUAAGAGGGACAGUAAUGCAAUGCACAAGGAGGAUAAUCAGAACCCCAUUGCCAUACUGAUGGCUCUUCUGCACAGCCAAGGAAAGGGGAGAUUCGACAUUGUCCGGAGUUUCAUUGCAACGAGGAGUGGCCUCUUGCGAUGGCACGAUCAUCAAGAGAAUAAGGAGGCUGAUGAUGAACCGCAUUUUGCUGAUAUGAACAAAAGAGCUAUGGACACUUCUUGGUACAAAAGAGCUGCUGAGCAACAUGCCAUUGAACCAAUGAGUUUUGUCUUCAGUGUACCAUCCAACGCAGCGGAGCUCUCGGAGCCUCUGGUAACAGCAACGCAUGCGGUUUAUGUCGAGAUGAGAAACGGCCACAAAGCACCAGCGGCUGUGGUCGGCCUCCAAUUCCAGCAUUCGUCUCUGGCGACUCAUUUCAUGAAUAUUACUUCCACGUGUUCAAAUUGCAAGAAGAAUUGCGCCUCUGAAGAGCUUGAUUGCUAUAUUUUGGAUAAUAGCGGAUUCAUUAUAAUAAGUGAACGCCAUGAACACACAGGGAAAUUCUUUGGAGAGAUUGACGGGACCAUCAUGGAUUCACUUGUACAGGAUAAAAUUUAUCGCAAAGUUACAGUGGUGGAUUAUCAGGGCGUCUGCUCACCCCAGGAGUCAUAUUUAUCAGGGGCACCGAGAAGUGUUUCCCAAUCGAUCCUGAAGACGAUGGGAUCAGCACUCGGCCUACUUUGGGCCUCGUUCCUCAGGCUAAACCUAUACGAAUCAAUCACUCCUGCGUUGGGAUGGCCUGGAGAUGAACAACGUGACGACACUGAAGUCAGAGACGAAGAGGAGACUCUCGACGAGAUUUAUCCCCCAAAUCUGUCAGAAGAUCGUCCCGCAGCCGAGAGUGACAAGAUCCUCCAAUAUCCAGCAUCUGUGCCCACCGCAUCUCCAGCUCAUGCCACAUCACCUCCAUAUGUGCUCAACAAACUGCGCACGUGUGAGAAGAAAACCGAUUUAUACAUUCUCCAGCCUGAAAGGCUCAAUACCAGUGGCCAGAGUAAUCCCUUAAAGGGUAAAUUGACUAAUUGUCAUGUCACAGGUUGCGAGAGACCCUUUAGCGUCCAAAAAAUCGUUCACACGAAUCUCAUCCUCCUAGUCGUCGACACCCUUUGUCCCUGCGGCAGCAAACAACUGAGUAUCGAACCCAUCGAGGCACUAACUGACUCAAAUGCCUGCACAGCAAGGAGGGAAAGUCUCUACCGCAGACGACCCCCAAAAUGCAUCAAUUACCAUCCCGAAGAGAUGGAGAUCAAAUACUGUGGCAAUGCCAGCCGACUCUGCAUAUCCUACAGUCUUAUUAUCGCUGUUAUUUCAAUCUACUUCACGUGACUCAAUGCUUAAGAAGUACGGUUACAACGAUGAAGAAUAAUUGAAAUUUUUUUAUUUACCUCCAUUUAAACGCGAGGAAGUUGAGUCUAAUGGAAGAAGAAAAAAUUAUUUGUUCAGUUAGUUUAUUGACGAAUGUCUGGAAUGAGUUUGGAUUUACAGUGAAAUUAUGUGGAAGAAGCUGCUGAUUUUGAAGAAAAAGGCAAAAAAUUAUUUGAUCGACUAUCAAAUUGAUGAAAAAAGGGGAAUUUUUUAUUCGAAGAGGAUAAUUAUAAUAUCGGGAUUGAUUCGCCGUCCGUUGAGUACGACGCAUUACCCUCUUGAUCCGUUCGUGGUAAAGAAGAUGAAUGAUAAAUAAAUAAAAUAAGUAAUUAAAUAAAUGCAUAAAACGGCUCAAACAAUGUUUAGACAAUACCGUUCGGCUGCAAGAUAUUUUGCUUGCGCAAUAGUCGACAAAACAAAUGUUUUUUAUUCUUGUCUUUGGGUUUUAUGAGGUUUAAUAAUAUUUAAUGAAUAGUACAAUUUUUUAUAGGUUUUAUUUAUGGAGAAUGAUAGAGAGUGGCGACUAUUUCGAUGAGAUUGAGGCAGUUAUUCAAUAACUGGGGGAUUGCAACGGGCGUAGCUCGUUAAUCCGCGCCUUAGUCCCCACGCAAUAUCCCUUUUUGGGAGCUGACGGAAUUUAUGGGGAUAUAACUAUAUAUUGGUGAUGAAGUAGUGAAACGAAUUGAAUUGACUCAACUUCGAAAUUAGUUUUUGGUGGGUAUAAUUUUAAGGGUUAUGGCUAAAAUUUACUAUCUCUCUUCGAUUCAAAGGUAUUAAUCGAAAACUAAUUUCAAGUACUUGAAUCGCGAUUUUUAAUAUCUCGAAAUUGAAAGGAGAGAGCAAAAUUUCUGUGAGAACCUUUUUCUGUGAAGGCAAUUGAAGAGCUACAAAAUGGGUCCCUACAAAAUUUUUGCUCUUACCGCUUCACUUUCAGAAAUUGAGUUCAUCGAAAUGAUGGACUCAUCUCAUUUUAUCACUGCAUCACAUAUUUAUAGACUUUAAAUAAGCAAUAAAGAAUCGAAUAACCCCAUAACAUUCGAUCAUUAUAAUUGUAUUUGCGAAAAUGGAUAUUGCGUAUAGACUACCUCUGGGUUUCGAGAGAUAAAUCUGAAAAAAAAUAAAAAAAAUGUCAAUCGAGAGAAUUAUCUUUUAUUUUUAGUUGAUAGUAUAAAGAUAUAUACAUAUAAAUACGUACGCCGGCGUUUUUAUUUGCUGUUAAUUGUUGACGCACUCAUGAUUUAUCAAGAGAAAGAAGAGAAGAAUACUUAAAUUAAUUAAAUUAAAUGAUUAAAAAAAUAGAAAAAAGUGUUUGAAAUGAGUUAUUUUAAAUUAAAACGUAAAUUGAAAAAACAUUAGGAUCAAUGGCAUUGAUUUGCAAUGGUUAAAUUCAAUAGUAGUGGCCGAGCCAUUUAUUAAAAAACCCCAGUGAGCGAAAUUCUUGCAAUUAUUUAAACUUGGAUUGAUGACGAUUGAUAUAUUUAUAUCCAAAGUUCUAAGGACUCUGGAUAUUUCAUUAAUCUAAAAGAUGAUGAAAUAAAAAAAUGGUUAUAUUGUUCAGAGAUGACCCGAAUGAUCGUAUUUAUAAUGUUACGAAUGAGAUAGCGUUGUUCUUAAUGUAUAAAAACAAACAAAUUAAAUACGUUUUUCCUUUCAUUUUUUAGUUUGAAUUAACAAUUAUUCUAUUACAAGACCAUUUUUUACUGUGUCUUCCACGAAACGGCCUUUCUUAAAGUGGAUUUACGAAGAUGCGUAUUGGAGGAAUGAAGAGAGAAAAACCACAAAAUGGGGUAAAUAUUGUGGCAAAAGAUUGAGAAAACUUGAAUUAAUAAAAAGUGGAAAACAAAACAUACAUGUUGAACUUCGAAAAUACAUAUCGGCUAUCACAGAAAAACUUCCAGGUGCGAAAGAGUGUAAAAACAAAAAUAAAAUGACAAAAUAAAACAUGUAACUUCAUGAAACAAAUCUACUAUAUGUUCCGGGAAUCCCUACAUUCUCAAUAAUUAUAAGCGAAAAACUGUAGGCGAUAAUAAUUAUACAAAUAACGAUAUAAACUUUUAAUGAAAAACAAAAGAGCAGAAACUGAACAGAGUGAAGGAGGGGAAGAAUCGAUGAAGAAAUAAUGAAGACACAUUUUCCUUGAGAAGACUUACCUUUUCGAUGAAAGAAAAAAAAA